CGCUCCCUGAUACGCUGCCGGUCCUGUUAGUGGGCCUGGACUGGAAACAUUCUCCAUCCACGACUGCAAAAACUAGCAGCAGCACUCACAUCACACUCACACUCUCCUGAGCCAGCUCCCAUCCAACAUGACGGCGAAAAACCGAAACAAGAACAGCGAGAAGAGCGCCGCAUCCAGCCCGGAGGAUGUGCCCAAGAAAAGCCCAAAGAGCAGCAGCAGCAACGGGGUGAGUGGCCCCGCACCUCAGGGGCCACCGUCAGGGAGCUGCCUCGGCCUUUUUGCAACAAUAGCGUUUUAUAUCGGGUUAAUAUGCGCUGUAGGGUUUGCUGCUGUUUAUUUACAACAAGUUGUGGAAGAAGUGCGGCAGAUCAGCGUCAGACAUGAGCAGAGCGCACGGCACGACGGAGAGCUGAGCGUAAAAAUGGACAGUGUCGUUCAACAGGUGGAGUCUUUGAGCAGUAUUGUGGACGGGCUGGAGUCAUCACUGGGCAUCACACGGGUGGAGCUAGAGGGGUCAAUCGCCCGGAUGAAGAGGGGCGAGGUGGAGACCAGGAAGGUGGAGGAUGCCCUUCAGAGGCUCCAGAACGACUUGCUCAGGGACCUUUCAGAGGGCAUCAAGGAGGUGAAGGAGGCCCGAGAGAUUGACUUCUCUUCCCUGGAGAAGACGGUGGAGGAGCGCCUGGCGGAGGUGAGCCAGUCCAUCAAGGCCAGCGUGUCGGAGUUCACCGAAGCUCAGGACGAGACGCAGGGCCAGCUGUCCGACCUCAAGGCCCGCCUGGGGGACAUGGAGGACCCCGCGCUGGUCAAACAGGAGCUCUCCGCCAUCGUGGAAGCUGUGGCUGAAAUCAAAGCAGCCAAUGAGGCAGGAGGCAUAUCGGCAGACUCCUUCAGGGAGCAGGUGGGCGCCGUGAGGUCAGAGCUCCAGACUCGUAACCAGGAAGUGGCUUCACUCUCUCAGGAAGUGGAAACUGUGAGGUCAGUGGUGCAAGAGGCGGUGGGGAAUCUGAGGAAUUCGCUGUCUGCUGCAGAGUCCGACGUUCAGGCUCUGAAGGACAAAAGCUCGGCGCUGGAGAGUGGCGUGGAGCAGGCCGUCGCCGCCGCCAGUCACGUGGAGAAGCAAGUGAACGCAGCGGCGGACCAGAUCCUGAGAAGAUCAGAAGACCUGGAAGCCAGAGUCAAAACAUCAGAGGAGAGCGGAGACUCCCUGUCGGCAUCGGUGUCAGACAUCGCCUCCAGAGUGGAAUCGCUGCUCGCCAAAUGUGACACUCAAGACAGCGUGCUAGCUGCACAGGGCCAGGCUGUGGAGAAGGUCAAGAGUGGCAUCGAGCAGGAGAUGGAGGCACUGAAAAUCAGUCUGGGGGAGCUGCAGUCCAACAUGGCUGCUGUUGGCAGUGCCCAGACCAAGCUGUCUUCGAAGGACUCCAGCCUGGGUCAGCAGGUGGAGGAGAUGAUGAGCAGGCUGGCUGCUCUGGAGGACAGCAGCAGCAGCAGCGUGAAGCCGGAGCAGCUGCAGGGCCUCUCCAGCAUGGUGGAGGAUAUGGAGAGCAGAGCGGCCAAGCUAGAAGGCCACGAUCAGGCUAUCCAAGCCCUUCAGAAGGCUCUGAAGGAGACCACAAUGACACUGGCGGGCUUAUCCAAAGGCAAGAAGGGAAAGUAGGGAGUAGGCAGUCUGAUAUCACCACACCAAAAAAAGUGGACAAUGACUCCUUUUUCCUGUAUUUGUGAAGAAUUGUUUCUGAAAAUAGGUCACGAUGUUGCACAUUUUAGUAGAAAAGAAGCCAAUGUGAGGAGUUCGGUCAGGAGGAAGCUGUACUGCUGAUUUGUGAAUUCAAAUCCACACCCAUUCUGCACUGUAGUUCAUUUUUCUAAUGUUUUAUUUUGUUGUUUUUCUGUGCCAAGGCUGGUUUUUUUUGUUUUUUAAACCAACCAAAAUGCAAUAAUAUGCUCUUUUUGAGCACUCCUUUGUUUACUCACUACAUAUUUUUUUUACAAGAAUAAAAACUCUUGACUUUUCUUGGUGUGACCUUAUAAAAUAUGAUUUUUUGUUUUUCAUAAGCUGCCUCAACUGUAUCAUCAUGAUUAAUUGUAUGCGUGGGGACUGAAAAUAAAGUUGAAUGAUAUGCGUGAAGUAC